AUGCCAUCACGGGUCACACGUUCUCAGGCUCGCAAAGGAGUGGGUGAUCCCACAGGAACAAACGAGCCGCCACCGCCGGAAGGCACUUCGAAACGCCCUACGAAGCGAACCAAGACAUCAAAGCACCCAAAGAAAGUCGUUCCUGCACAACGCAGUCGCAAGAAAGGGCGGUUGAGCGUGCUUCCUACUUUGCCGUUGGAUGUCCUCUUUGAAAUCUUUACGCAUCUCGGCCCGGCGGAUCUUCUCCAUCUCUCUCGGACAACGAAAGCGUUUAGGGCUGUCUUACUCUCUCGUCAAUCUGCGUUCCUGUGGAAUACUGUCUGCGAUGGCGUGAACGAGAUGGAGAGGUUUCCUUGCCCUGAAGGAGUCUCGUUACCUGUCUGGGCGAACCUUGCGUACGGCGGCCCAUGGUGUGACGCAGAUGGAUGUCAGGCGCGCGCUCAUAAAGUACUGUGGAACUUGCGACGUCGCCUCUGCAAAAGUUGCGCAACCGAAGUUCUUGUCGAUGCUCUAGAAGCCUAUGAUAUUCUGGACGACUAUUGUCUCCUGAUGACGGUCGAAUUAUGCGAUAUUCUGCCUUGUGACUACACGAGUCGGGGACAUAGCAAUAAAACUCCGUUGCUUUACUCGCUCUCAGAAGUGCAAGCAUACGCCCACGAGAUCGAAGAACUCUCGCAGAUCUAUCGAAUGACUCAGCCUCUGGGUUUCGGCUCUGCGGAUAACGCUGGAUUUGAUCGGGCUCUGGCUGAUCUGCACGAGAGAAAGGCGGCAUCGUUGGUUGCUCGGAAGGCGCACGCUCGCGCUUGUGAAGACGCAGAAAGGAUCAGGAGUGAGAUGCGUCUAGAUGAGCUAUGGAAGAUUAAGGAAGACCGAUUCCACGAGAUCAAGACACGUCUGAUGGCUAUGGGAGUUGAUGAGGUCGACGCCCACUCGCCGUUGAUGCGGGCACAUAAGGAGGUCAACAAGUCUCAACCUCUGACUGAGCGAGUCUGGACACGCAUCCGGCCGAUCCUGCGAUCAGAGGCUACCAGGAUACGCGAUCGGCGGCUCGCGCAGGAGCAGCUUGAUCGACUCGAGAUACGUCAGCUGGCCAUUCGAGAAGAGUACGAAUGCGAGGCCUUACAACGCGUUGCGCCUUCGAUGUUAUGCUAUGUACCGAAUGCCUCCGUCAUCUACAAGAUACCCCAGGUCGCCGACUAUCUCGCUGAGGACAUACUUCCCGAAAAUCCGGCGAGCAGGCUGUCGACGCAGGCUGUUUGCACCAUACUCAGGGAGGGAGUCGUUGGGCAUAUCAAUGAGUGGGUCUCCCGACGUCACAGCGCAAUGCGCGAAGCACUUCCCGGUGCAUGGCCUCGCUCGUCGUUUACCAAUGAAGAUGUCGCAGCUCACUGGCCGCCGCCUACGAACGAUCCGCCCUAUGAUCGGUACUCUGAGAUCGCCGACCUAGACCUAGCCGUCUAUACCUUCAAAUGCUCUUCUCCUUCAUGCGUUGGGGCCCGGAUCUUCUACGGACUUGACAUCCUAGCUCAUGAUUGCCUGCAUCCGGACGCUUCCACAGCCACGGUUGUUGAGUUGGACGAGAAGCCUAUCGACUACAGUCUACAUGCCCAACCUCUUACCAGCUCACACCUUGCGGCGACGCGGAUUGUAGAGUUGCUCGGGAUGGAUCCAACGAAAACACGCCCUAUUGAACUUGACAAGGCAAGCCGGAUAUUCACCGUGGAUCACUAUCAGUCCGGUGCUGGAGGUCGGCCCUUCAUGACUUGGAGACAAGCGGUCGCAGCUUGUGCUCCCCAGGCCACCGGUGCUGAACCGGUCAACCCAGCCGCAUUACGUCUCGCUACCGAACGCGAGAAAGUCUUCGUCGAGACGCGCCAUCAUGCAUUGUAUGGCGCGUUGCCGAUGCUAGAACCCGACGAAGACGCUGCAUGGUGGGGCUGUGCGCACUGUUCCUCGUUCGUAAAGGACAUGGGCUUCAACGAAACGUGCUGGAUGUACGUCGACGAACUGCAAUACCAUCUCCAGGCCAGGCAUAAUAUCGAGCCUCAGGCGGCCAAAGAAGGCGACAAUUACUUCUACAACCGCGUGCAAGAGCGCGAUUCUCACGUCGAGGACGGAGUAGCCAUCUCGUUUCUUGAGGAGGGGGAAGACAUCGAGGACCAGAUUCUCUUCUACGAGGGGUUCGGGGAUGUCUUCCACGAGAUGGGCUUCUUUGGACAGGAUGAGGAUCCCCCGGAUGGUGCAGCCGGUGCUUUCCAGUUCAUUGACGAGGACGACGAGGAAGAUGGAGACGUUUUCUUUGCCGGUGAACUUGGUGACCUGUAG